AUGGAGUCUCUCUACGCUGCCAUCAAGACAGGCAAAGUAUGGGAAGUGCCACGUGUUGACUCGAGCAUCACUGAUGCGGUACGCAGUGCGGUCCCAAGAGCAUACGCUGGCUCAUUCAAGAUGGUCUUCCUCGUCUCCAUCUUAUUUGCAGGUACGGUAUGGGUCAGCGCUUUGUAUGUGCCAGACGUAAAGAGGUUCAUGGUACCGGCCGUCGUAAGAAGGCUCCAGAGGCCCAGAGGUAUUUUCAAGAGAGUUCCAGAGGGGCUCUCAGAGGGGAUAACCGCCGAGAUGAUGGAGAACAAAGAAUCGAGUUGGGAGACAUGCCGCAGCCUGAAUGGAUCUGAAUGA